AUGGAAGCGCUCCCCAGCGAUGCCGUCGAGCAUGAGCUCCCCCUCGUGCUCCUCUCAGGGCUGGGGGAGCCGGCGACCAAAGAAGCCACUUCCCCCGGUCCCUUGUCGCGAGAGAGCGGCACUCGCCUUCAGAUAUCGUGUCCAGAAUGCAAAGCAGAAGUCGCGCAGUCCCUGCUGCAGCAGUUUAUGCUAUUGGAUGGCUCGACAGAGGCAUGGAAUGCGUCUGCGCUCCCGGGGCCGGGUGGGAAGCUGUACUACAGGAUGAAGGCCAUCGGGAGGACAUACCCGCUUCCACCCAGGAAAGCAGCACCAGUGGCCCAGCCGACAUCACCAGACAACAACUCCAUCAGUCCCCCGCGAUCAACAGACCUGCACUCCCCCUUGUCCCCUCUGUCCCCCGGCUCGCCCAUCUUCCCCGACGGCGCCUUCACGCCGCUCUGGUUCGCCAAAUACCAGCGCCACGUGCCCGCGCUCAUCAUCGCCUUCUUUGACAUCUCUGCUCUCGAUCACAGCAACGACGAGCAGAUCAAGGGCGACAUCAACGCCGUUCGCGCCUCGCUUGCUCGCUCGGGGUACAAGUCGAAGUUCGCGGCCGUCUUACUUGCUGAUCGGAGUAUGGCCCAGUCACCCGAGUUGGAGGAGCGGGUGGCGUAUAUUCGUCGAGCUACGGGCCUGGAUUCGCGGUCUGGUUUGAUUUUCAUGCCUCCCCCAUCGUCGCCGCAGGAGCUGUCGACGUUCGUGCAAGGCGUUAUGAGGACGCUGCAGCCUAUUUGCAUCGAACUGUAUCGCGACUUGACGAAGCACGCCCGACGGAAAAAGACUCGCGUGCCUCCCGGCUCAUCCCUAGCCUCGCCUGUGGGCAGUGCAACGCACGCUUUGUCCACGCCGGGCUGGAAUGUGCGCUACGAAGUCAAGCUCGGCGUGUUUGCAGAGUUUAGGCAAGAAAUGGACGUUGCGGAACGGCACUUCAGCGCCGCUCUGGAUGAGCUGUUCAGUGCGGACGGCAUACUGGAGCUCACGCCCAUCUGGUCGCCGAGGUGGAAUGAAGCGCGGCUGCUGGCGGAUAUCGUGGCUUUGCGAGUUGUGCGCUGCCUUUUGUGGAACUCUGCGACGACUGCUGCUGCUCAGGCGUGGGGUUCGUAUCGGCUUCGGACCAGGAGUCUGGUUGAACGUCGCGGAAAGGGAACACAGACGUAUUCCUGGGCGGCUUGGGAGACGCGCUGGGCCCGGACGAUGGCGCAGUUGAUUGUCCGGGCUGAUUUUGAAGACCUGAAGCCUACACCUGGGCAGGAUCCGGACGGCCGGCAAGCCCGGAAAUGGCAAAUAUACGCCGGUCCGGAGAAGCCAGCAACUGCUUCGGAAGGCAUACAGCCCUACCACAAUCUUCACCAUCCGGGCUUCUGGCUUCGAAUGGCUUCAAAGAGCUCGAGGUUCAGGCGAGCGAAGGCAUUGGAUAUCCCCGAGGAUGACCGGCUGCCACCCGGACAGUCUCCAGCAUCUGCAGUGGUGAAUCGAGCCGAAAAUCACGACUUCUAUCUCGUCCCCGAACCCCACGAAGAAUGCCCGCUAUCCGAAAGCAAUACAUUUGACCAUACUUCCGAGUAUGCCGAGCUUGUCAAAGAAGCGCAAGAACACUUCCGGCUGGCUUCUCAACCUCGCAUGAUCGAGCUCCUGACUCUGGGCACGGCUCGUAGUCUGAUGGACGUGGAUCGCUACCAGGAGGCGAGUGACCUGCUGACUGGCUUACUGGACCAAAGUACAUGGCGACAAGAUGGCUGGCAAGACUUGCUAACCGAUGCGCUCUUGCUGGCGUAUCAAUGUGCUUCUCACCUCCAGCUUGCGGAAACUCUCGUCAGCACCGUCUACGAACUCUUUGGUUGUCGAUUGGCCUUGCCACCGAGCAUACCUCGGGAUCUCUCUCAGGCUUUGACUGAGCUUUCGAGAUCAUCGGACCAGCCGAUCAGUCUGCAAUUUGAGAACGGAAGGCGGCAGAGCCCGUUGGAGAUGCGCUUCGCCUUUGUCGACAAGGAGACGUGCGUUGGAGAGCGCAUGGGCUGUCAGCUUGCGGUAUCGAGUUGUAUGGGCGGUGAUGCAGCAGUUGCGACUCUUGCGAGCAUUACGCUGUCUUUCGAUAACGGGAGAGCCGUGCGGAUCGUGCACGAUCCCAGUUCGCAGACAUCAGAGGAUGACAUGGUUCCUCUGACGGAAGACUCGAAUGUCACCGAGGGUAUACCAGAGAUGAAGACGAAUCUGACCUUCAAAGCAAGCGAGCGCCGACUCUUCAACUUUGCACUUUCAUUCAAAGAGAGUGGCGCGGUGAGACUUUCCCAGAUCACUUUCGCUAUCGAAGGGGAGAAGUUCGCCAUUACGCAUUCCUUCACGGAUCAGGCUCUUCUGCAGGUAGACUCGGUCUUCGUCCAAGCGGGACCGGCACUAGUCAAGAGGCAUCUGCGAGAUGCAGAGCCGACGGUUGUCAAUAUUACGCCGAAGCCACCGAAAGUGCAGAUACUGGUGUCCGGGUUGAAGAAGCAUAACUACGUCGACGAAACCCUUCGAGUCGCUGUGCGCAUCGUCAACCACGAAGGCAAAGCUGUUAAGGGCAGCAUAAUCUCCCGCGAUAAGAGCGAGGCGGCGCUGCCUCUGAAGGUGCAUUGGCAGCACUCAUCCUCUGAAAACGGACUUACGACAGAUCUCCCAGAUCUCGAGCCUGAAGCUUCGCACGAGACAACGCUAAUCAUACGGGCGCCCCAGGAUCCCGCCAAAGCCGUUGUUGAGAUCUCUGCAGAUUACACGCUCGCCACGGAUGCCACUCCCAUACAGAAGGCCAUCUCGCUGGACUUCAACUUCAUUGCACCGCUCGAAGCGAUGUUUGAUUUUGGGCCGCGGCUGCACGCCGAUGCUUGGCCCAGUUACUUCGAUGCAGAGCGUGCACGAACGAGUGACUCGCCGGGUGGGAUUCCUCAGCUGUGGGAGCUGACGACUCGGUUGCACUCGAUCGCUGCGGAUACCAUUGUCGUUCAUGGCGCCGAGCUUUCGGUGGAGCGUAUCAUUGGUGACUCGCAUCUGUCUGUAUCUUCGCAUGGGGCGGACAAGAAGUCGAUCAAACCUGGCGAAACGACACCGUGCUCCUUCGAACUGUUCAGCCAGAAAAACUCGCUUGACGACCGGCUGCCGACGUCCAUUGAAUCAACGGUAGAAGUGACGUGGUCUCGAGACGAAGAAGGCACGGAUCGAGUGACGACGCAGAUUCCCGCUCCGCGACUCACCAUCCCGGUAUCAGAGCCACGAGUCCUCUGCACAGUCACCCCCGCCGAUGCCAGCCCGGCCGUGCUCUCUUACUACAUUGAAAACCCCUCGACGCACUUCCUCACUUUCGUCGUGACCAUGGAAGCAAGCGAGGACUUUGCUUUCAGCGGACCGAAGUACCAAGCGAUCAGUCUGGCGCCUCUCAGUCGACAGCAAGUCGAGUAUCGGAUUGUGUUACACGAGCGAGAGGAUGUGAAGGGCAGCGAGGGCGAUGGCGGGCGCUGGAUCUGGCCGGUGUUGCAGAUCGUCGACUCGUACUAUCAGAAGACUCUACGGGUGUUGCCUGGCGGGAAGAACGUCAAGUAUGACGAGAGGCAGAAUGUAGGCGUGUGGAUUUCAGGAGGAGGAGGAGGAGGAGGCUGA